UGUCAAUGCAUUUUUUUUUCUUUGCAUUUUUCUUGCUUUAAUGAUCACAUAGACUCUGGCCUGACUUGCUUCCCCAAAUUUGCAUAUAACAUAUGACUAACCCUAGACAUGCAUUUGCAGUUCAUCAUUUGCGCAGCCAGCAUGCAAACCGGAACACAGACUUUCAAAACGUUUGUGAUUAUCAGACAGCCACCUCUAACUUCUCGACCAGCGCUGUAGGUAAACUGCUUGCAAAGCUGUUGAAGUGCCUGGAAGACUGAAGAUCGAAGCUGCUAGCAAACAGCCUUGAAGACUGCAUUUGGAAAUUGGUAACUGAGUAUGAAAGAAGGGCUCCUGUUGCAGAAGAUAUGAAGUCCCUGCUGUACCUGAUAGCCCUUGUGCUUUUCAGCACAAGCACACAUGGAUGGCAUUUGCAAAAUUGUCAACUCAACAAACUUGCUGCAGUGAUCUCAGAUUGUUUUGGUGAACAUGGUGCUUACUGUGAGAACAUCAUAGAUUUUGAAGUGGAUCUUGCUGUGCUCCCAUCUGACAUUGAAAACUUGUGCAUUAACAUGGAAGUGGAAAAAGCGUAUGGAUCCCUUGAUUCUGGAACUUUUUCACGCUUUACUUCUCUGGAGUACCUGCAGAUCGCUGGCUGUUUUAAUGAAAUCAAUCCUGGGGCAUUUCAAGGACUUUCAAACCUCAGAAGAUUAAGCCUUUAUUUUCAUUGCUCUUGUGCAAACGUAUUGUCACGAAAAGUAUUUAAGGACCUACCUCAGUUGAAGGAAUUAGAAAUUAGCGGGUUAAAUCUUUCAGUGGUGGAAACUGAUGUUUUUUAUGAUCUCUCCCAAAUUGAGAACUUUUCUUUUAUUGAGCCUUGCACUUCUUCUGUCUUUUCAGAUCUAAUAUGCAGAAUAAUACGAUUCACAUCUUUAAAAAAAAUUAUUUUCACUACGUCGAAUGACGAGUUUUUAGAUCACCCUAACUGCACCUAUGGAAAAGAAUUUGCGUUUAGAAAUGCAAUUCUACCACGUAGCGCGAGAGCCCAACUGACAUUUUACAAAAUUAAACAUUUUCAACCUGGAGCGAUAGAUUUUUUCCAAGAUUUGUCUAAAUUAAGUUUUGCUUACAAUGACACACUACUUAAUUAUCUUCCCAGAUCUGACAUCAAGAGUGUAGAUAAUUUGGAUUACAGUAGUGAUGAACUUGUUGUGGAGAAUAUAUGCAAUGCUGUGUCCAAGUUGUCAACUAAACAGCUUUCAUUAGGUAUUAGCAAUACUAUUAAUUUCUCUCAUUUUAAGGAUGAAGACUGCAUUGCUCUUGAAUACCUACAGAUCUCUGUCUAUGACUUACAGCCCAUAAACUUGAGUUUUAUCUACUUUAUGACAAAUCUUAGUGCUUUAUUGGUUUUUGGCCAGGGAUUGGAUGCACCUCAUUUUAGUUCUAUAUGUUCAUCUCCAGGAAAUGUCUCAUGGCUCUCUGUUUUGUCUGUUGAAAAAGGUUCGAUCAGUAACAUAUAUAGCCAUCAAUUCAGUUGUUUAGUGAAUCUCGAAACAUUAAAUAUUACUUGUUCUUCAGUCUCAACCAUUGAACCUUUUGCUUUCAUGGAAUUAGGCUCAUUAAGGAUCUUGAGCUUCUGGAAUAACGACAUCAGUGUGAUUAGUUACCAUGUUUUUGAUGGCCUGCACAACCUUUUAGUGCUAGACCUCCAGGAAAAUCCCCUACAUUCUAUUGAAGAAAUGGCAUUUAGGCAUUUUGUGAAUCUUCAAGAAUUAUAUUUUAGUAAUUUUAAAACCUUACUACCCGAGUUUGUAAUUAGGUGGAAUUUAACACACAUAUUUGGUAAUAUUUCAGAACACCUGACCAACCUGUCCUUUGUGUAUGUUGAACCAAUGGAGCUGAUUAUUGGCUCAAAUGUGGUUUUGAAACAUAAUCUUACUUUCUAUGUGUCUACAAUUGUUGUGACUAUUGAGGACUGUGAGCGUCCGUUUUUCGCCUCGGUCACCAGUCUCCAUGCAAGAGGCAAACAAGUCCUCUGUGGCUCAGAAUUCAUAGCAAAGUAUGUUAAAAAUGUGGAGAACUUCUUUUUUCGCUCUGAUCAUUCAGACACUGCUGGGGAUUUGACUCAUAUUAAUAAACUUGUUCACCUCAAGGUGUUGGAGUUUGAUGCUGUGGACUUUUCGAAACAAUCAAACGUACCUGCUAUUUUCCACAACCUGACUAAACUAAAGGAUCUGACGUUGAUUGACUGUAGACAUUUCAGUAUUGAUGGAACUUUGACCAAAGACCUAAGAUCACUGGAACUUCUGAUUUUGGCAUUCCGAGAUUAUGUGACCAUGUAUGCCAGUUUUUUUGAACCUCUUAUCAGCCUACAGAAUCUGGUCUUUUAUCAUCUUCAUCUUUUUUGCAAUUGUGAUAAUGCCAAUUUUAUCAAGUGGGUGAAAGAGAACAGGCAAGUGCAAGUGGAAAUUAAGCUUCCAGGUCUGAAUGACUUGCAGUGUUUAUCCAGUGAUGGCUUUGAGAGGCCCAACAUGCAGGUUUUUGCAAAACAGAACUGUGUUUUUGAGAUUGAAUUUGUGCUCUUUAUUUCCACUUCUUUGGCUGUGGUCCUCCUCCUGUUGGCAGUAUUUGUCCAUCAGAUGAGUAGACAUUUAAUUCUCCCGCUUUAUCACAUUGCUCGUGCCUGGAUUGAGCAAGCUGUAAGGGAAGAUGGCAGGGUGCGGUACCGCUACGAUGCGUUUGUUUCUUACAGCGGCAAAGAUGAGAGCUGGGUGCUGAAGGAGCUUUUGCCAAGCCUGGAGCAGCGAGGACCACCCUUCCUUCGGCUUUGCCUACACACCAGGGACUUCCAGCUGGGCAAGGACGUUGUGGAUAAUAUCACAGACAGCUUGUAUGAAAGUCGCUAUACACUUUGUCUGGUCAGCCGCCACUACCUGCGCAGCAACUGGUGCUCUUUGGAGAUGCAGCUAGCAACCAGCCGAUUGCAGGUGGAACACAAAGAUGUCCUUAUUCUGGUUUUCCUGGAGAAGAUCCCUUCCCGCCUGUUGUCUGCGCAUCACAGACUGGCUCGUCUGGUCAAGACCAGAACGUACCUUGACUGGCCUCAGGAUCCAGAGGAACGUGAUUCAUUCUGGGAUAGACUUUGGGACAAACUAAAACCUGAAGAAGCGUUGUGAAGAAAUGAAUGACUAUGUUUUUCUUUGACUGAGACAUUCACCUUAUAAACAAAAGUUUAUUUAUUGUUUCUUUCAAAAUCAAGCGUAAUGACAAUAAUUUGGUGUAAAUCUGCUUUCCAUUAGCAGCUAGACUCUUGCUAGUCUUGCUUUUCAGGUUAGGUAGAUGAUGCGCUCUCUCUCCCCAUCACUCCUGAAAUGAUGUCAGUCAGUACAGGCAUCUGUUAGCUGUUGUAUCAGAGCUGGGUUACAGUGCUUUCCUCCGUGCAAGCUGGUUACCUGGCUAUGCUGCAUCAGCAGCAGUUUAAAAAGAGGUGGUGGCUGGCUUUUUAUUUUGCUUUUAUUCUGCUCAUCACCUCACCAUUUAGGACUGAGACUGGCUGUGUGUAUGUGAAAGUAGCUAAAUGCUUUAAUUUUCACUAAUGUGUAUAAAGUGUAUAAAGUAUAGGCACAAGCUCAUGAUCAAAAGUAUAAUUUACUUCACAUUCUAAGGCUUUUAUGUUAUCCAGCUAUUUGUUCUUAAGAUACUGCCAAUAUUUUAAAUAUCAUUCAUGUAAACAGGGUUUGCUGAAAAAUUGAUUCACUCGCUCACUGCCAGUGACAUUUGUUUGUAUUGCAUUUAUAUCUGAAGGUCACAUUCAAUCCAAACAGUAUUAAUGUUAAAACCCAUAGCUGUGUUAGAUCCUCUUGGUAAAAUGUUGCAGUGAAGAUGCAUUUACUUCCUUAAGAUGCUUCUUCUUUUUUUGUGUGAAGUUUCUGUUCUCGUUUUUUUCGUUUUCACUUCAGUGUCAGCCUUUCUAUUUUUGAAAUGAAAACUGAAGUGCUUUUACUAAACACAUGCAUGUCUAACAUAUAGAGGAAGAGCAGCAGUUCGAUGUAAGAUGUUUUUGUUAGAUAUCAGUGACUUAAUAAAGUGUUUGUGUAGCCGCUGUUAAACUUUACCUUUCCUCUAAUUCUUAUUAAAUAUUUGCCUGCUUGAACAUAAUACAUUUUUAAUGUA